CUGGUAUCUAGUGGAUCAGUUGGAGGAUGGAACGGAUCUGGACCGGUUGGAGGGGUGUGACUGUGAUGUCAUGUGAGAGCUGGGUUGAGCCCCGUCAGCACGGAGAAGAGCCAGGUGCUGGACAGAGACAGGACACACAGCAUGUCCUUGGAGACUCACAGCAGACGAUGGACGACCAGGGCCAAUCAGACGAGAAGGAGAAGGGCAGCCCGCUGAAUGCUGGGGUCGAGUUUGUGGUGCUGCAACAUGGGAAUGAAGCUGAAAUGCAGAUGGAGAAGAACAAGGAGACACGAAGGAGAAGGCUGGUCACUCAGAAGAUUCACAGAGUAAAACAUACAGAUGGAGCCCUGCCAGUGAGUGUCUCAUUUGUUGAGAGGGACAGAGACAAGCGGCCUGAAGAUCCAAGGGGCCCUGGACCCUUCUUCUACUUUGGGGGGAGCAAUGGGGCCUCCAUAGUUGUGUCAUAUUGUGAGAGUCGAGGCUGGCAGCGCAUAUGUGACAAGACCAGGACGGACUACAAGCUGAAGUGGUGUGAAACUAAAUCACCUGCUGCCUACUACAGCUUCAGAGCAGGUGGCCAGUUGAUUUACCAGAUACCCAAUAAUAAGGUCCUGACCACUAAGAUAGGUCUUCUGAACAGCCUAAGGGAGUAUGACAGAGUCAGCAGCAAGGUCAACUAUGGACGUGGAAACAGGAGGAUGAGGCUGGAGGACUUUUUUCCUGUCACUUUUCGUAUGGAUAUGAAAGAUGAGAGAGAGGCUUUCUUUAAUGGAAUAUGCGAUGAUAAAUCCAGCAUGUGGAUCUGCAAACCCACAGGCCUUAACCAAGGCCGUGGUAUUUUUCUACUGCGGACACCAGAAGACAUCACAGCAUUCAGAGAACGACUGCAGAACACAAUAGAGCAGCAGUCCAACAGGAAGUCACUUUUCAAUUUGCCACAAGCUCGGAUUGUUCAACAGUACAUCCAGAACCCUUUGCUACUAAAAGGACGGAAAUUUGAUGUGCGGUCAUACUUUCUAAUUGCUUCCACUUCGCCAUACAUGGUGUUUUUUCGCCAUGGUUACAUCCGAUUGACAUGUAACCUUUAUGACCCAAACUCUGACAAUAUAACAGCCCACCUGACCAAUCAAUACAUGCAGAAGAAAAAUCCUCUCUACAGCCUGCUAAAAGAGGAAACCGUUUGGUCCAUGGAGUGCUUCAAUAUAUACAUUAAUGAGACUUACAUGCUGCCAAAGUGUCUGCCUAAAGAUUGGGCUCUGGGUCCUUUUGCAAAAAGGAUGCAACAUAUUAUCAUGCAGUGCUUUCAAGCCGUCAAAGCCAAGCUGGACUGCAAACUUGGUUACUUUGACCUAAUUGGUUGUGACUUCUUGAUUGAUGAGGAUUUCAAGGUCUGGUUGCUCGAGAUGAAUUGUAACCCUGCCCUGCAUACUAACUGUGAAGUACUGAAAGAUGUGAUACCACAGACAGUCACCGAGGCACUCGACCUUACUUUGGAAAUCUUCCAAAAGUCUUGCUGUGGACUGAAACUGUUGCCGCUAAACAGUCAAAGAGAUUUUCUAUUGAUGUAUAGUGGUGAGACUGUGACCAUAACCAAACAGAGACACAAAACCACCAGGCCUUUCUCGACCCUCCACCCAAAGAGCAGCUCCACCCACAUUAACACCAACAGAACCGUUGCCAUUGCAACACAAACAGCGAAAUCAACCAAUAGGGCCAGCAAAUAUUCAGAAACCCAAGCCAAAUGUCUGGUCCCUUCCACCGCUGUCCUCUCUUCCUCUGCUUUGUCCAAUACCAUCCCACCUUCACAGCAGCCUGUGGAGUUACCAAUGAAACAACAUUCACCUAUAUCCCAGAAGCCUCUGACAUCCAAAGCUCAAGAAACAAAUCAGCUUCGACCACACCAGCCCAAACCCUUGCGUUCUCGUGUUGUGCUUCAGCUCAGCAAGUGCACCUGGCAACAUCCUGCAGUGAUGUCCAACCUCAACGUGCCUCCGCAGCCAGUGAGAAGUGCAAUCAGGUCAUUGUCUACACCAGCCCUGAGCAAAGGCUCAAACUCCACACAAAGACUUGGAGCUCAAGGCCACCAAACAGACAAAAUGGAGCACAUGAGCUGCAACCUAAAAACAUCCAAGAUUCAUUUGGCUGAGCCAUACUCCCUCCACACUGUGGGGACAGAAAUGAAAGUGGCCAAAGUAAAGGAACAGGAAGAUGAUGGAUGACAAAUGAGCUAUAGUGUAAUUGCUAUUAUAAGUGCUUUUCUCAGAAUAAUGAGAAUUUGCUUCUGCUUAUGACUAAUGAUGUUGCUCAUCACCAGAAGCAUAAUGUCCAUUAAAAUGGAUGCUCCUUCAAAGCCACAGGACCCUCCUUCUUCCUCCAUCUGUGGCACAUGCGACAAAACAAACACC